GCGAGACCAACUUGCGGCGAUAGUAAAAGGUCACCAUCACGAAUGGGACACCGCCGAUGCAAUGCCAAAACACAUAUCCAACCGGCUACUAUGCGCUGUUCUCCGCAAAAUUCCGCACUGGCUAUUCGGCCUCCAGAAUCCCAUGGGCACCAAGAUCGUCACAGUGAUCUUUUCCUUUGGGAUCUUUGGCGUCAUUCUGAUGCUGUUGGAUAUGCUGUCGGAUUGCUGGGACAUAUAUAACAUGUGGACGGUGAAUCCGUAUGAGAUCCGCUUCAAAUGGCGGGUCAUCAUCUCCAGCGUGCUGGGUCUGCCGGUGAUGGCGUCGCUGGUGCGAUCAUUCUUCCAGGGUGGUCUGAAACAGGCUCCCAAUGUGCGGAUGAACUGGUCACACACGACCGAUCAAUUGAUUCGCAGCGAUGACACAACGCUGGUUUUAUCCCAGAGUGACGUCAUCAACGCCAGUAUUGAUUUGCCGGGAUUAAAAUGGCUCAAUCCGACUUUUGCGCAUUGGAUUCGGGAGGUGUAUCCUUUUAGUGUCCUAUGCCGGUGUUUGUCAUUCUGGAUUACGUGGCGUCAUCAAGUCAACGACCCACAAGAAUUCUUAAACAACUACGGCUACAAAAAGGAUCCCAAGUUUCAGCUGCUAUUUCUGCAGAAAGCGCAGCUCGAUGAGAUCAAGUUUGAGUCAGCACCGCAACUGAUUAUUCAGCUGCUGCUGGGUGUGUCAAUCUGGGUAUCAACCGGGAAACCGCCGCCUUUAUGGAAAUGGGGCGUUCUGUUUCUCUCCUUCCUCUCCAUUUCGAAAUAUUUCCCGUCGGCCAACCAUCUCCCGGGAAUAUGUGCCUUUAACAAUUGCAUUUUUUCCGAGAAGGACUACAUUGAAUGGAACGAAUUAGUGGGACUUCUCAAGCCGAAUAUUUAUAUUUAUAGCGGCGCAGUGAGGAACUUUAUUUACAUUGUUUGCCGGUACAAUUUGGUCGUGACGCUAUGGCUGUACAACUGGCCGGCGCAACUAGGCGUCACCGCCUUCGAGAUGCUCGUCAUCGCGAUCGUGUUGAUUAAGACACAUAAACGGGUCUUUGAUGAAGGCAAUGAACCGUACAUCAUCGCCAACUGUAUGGCUUUUGUGUCGAAAUGGUUCUACAUGGUGGGCAACUUCCUGGUCAUCCCGAUUGCCACCACGCUGACCAAGCUGGGCAUCUUGUUAGCAUUCGUCCUGCAGACGUGCAAUUUCAUCGUUUACGUGGUGGUUGUGAAAAUGGAGUGGAACUACGAAACUAGUGCCAUACGUAUGGCCAGAGUGUCAAAUGACACCACCGUGGCGCCGCAGCUCGGAACGUCGCAGUUUAGCUUUAUGGUGGGACUCAACAUUGUGGCGCUGGUUUCACUGCCUCUAUUACUCUAUAUCAUGGAAUUCUGUUGGAUGCGUAUGGAUAAGUGGGAUCAUUUCAGAAAGUGCUCCUCGUGUAACGUUUUUCGGGAGCGAUACUGCGAAUAUCGACCUUGCUGGUUAUGCGAGUGGACCUACUGCCAUAAACAUCCCGUAGAACAAGGCAAGGGUCAACGUCGGAUAACGUUCAUCAAGCCGUUUCAACCCGAGACAUGCGAUGACUUCGAUGUUCCUUCUUUCGUUCCAUGUUUCCCAGUAGUCGACGAAUUCCGCCGAUCACAGAGCGUAGAUACAGUGCCUCUUCUCGAUGAGCAACCGUAUUACAAAGUCCAAAAACUUCUGACAAUGCUGGCAAAAAUCGAGACCAGUGCCGACGAUGAUUUCCUGCUGUGCAGAGGUCAUUUUGAGUGCUUGCGGGCCUUGCGACACGAAUUGCUGGUAGAAUCGCAUAGCAGGUACUCGCUGAGCUCCGAUACUAUAGUACUAGCCGACAUCGAAGUAACCUGCAUCAGUAACACCGACAUAAUCGAGUUAUCGAACAUCCGAUGCGUGGAGACGUUCCGAUUCUGCCUGCCCAUGGACAUGUACCGCUUCCUGAUGACCCUGUACUACGAAUCCGGCUUCCUCAACGCGCGGAUGCCGUGCCAGCUGAUCUUCAAAUCCCAUGCGUACUCCCGCAACAUAAUAGACCGGACCAUGCAGAACGAAUGUUGGCGGUUGGCAAAGAAAUUACGGCGCCAGCAUAUUUCGUGCGCGAAAUCCACGUGCUGCUUGUUCCUGUACCCGGUGUGGGAUUUGACGGAGAUGCUGCAGCGGCGGAUGAAGCACUCGCAUCCAAAAUAUCAACGCCGCAAUGCGGCGUUAAUUGCCGCGGUUCUUCCGGCGAGUUUAACCGGGGAUGGAAUUGAGCCCAAAGUCCUGGAGUUCUUCAGUGUGGUUCCACAGGAAAUCGACACCGGGUAUCCGCACGAGAUUUGUGAGGCGCCCAAGCGGCGUGUAUGCCCGCUGGAGGAGGAAAGUGCCAACAGCUCACGGGUGUAUACACCGUGGUUUGUGCGUAUACUGCAGUUCAGAUCCGGCAGUCGCGUACGAAAUCUGCUGAAGUUUUGACUGCCCUCUUUAACGGUUAAGAUCAUUACUGCCAAGUCAUCUGUAGUUGACAACCGCUUUAUCCAGAAUCAGUACUUGCAGUACCAUAAAUCAGUUUUCAUUGCCUGUUCACAAAAACUAGCACAGAGAGCUGCUGAUCUCGCUUCUAAUAGAUCUGUGUUACGUGGGGCCUUAUGGGCGCCCACGUACCUUCGACGGCGAAACAGCGGCGAACCCGGAUUGAGGCUUUAAUGCCGAAAUCUAACUCGCGCACCGUGGCGCAGCAACACUAGACUAAUGAGAUCGGAUCCUACAGCCAGCGCAGCUGUGCUGUAGAUCCGUCAAAACACCACAGAAAUGUGCAGGGUGGAAAUCCCCAGAAACAGCGAAACACAACAGCGAAUGGCCAAUCAUGAAGGCGGAGCUAUCGGCCUUCACAUCUGGUUGUUAACUUCAUUUUAUUGUUAAAGCUUUAUAUACGAAGAUCAGUUUUUUUGCUCUUUUUCCGUUUUAUCAGUUUCAUCUGAUAAUCUUCAUGUUGCAGC